GCAAUCUCUCUCCUUCUAUCUUCUCUUCUAUCUGUCCUUUUGUUUCUUGUUUCCACACACACACGCACACACCUUGUUCAUACUGCUUCCGUUCCUCAAAUCCAUGGUACCAUGUUCCGUAACAACCCCUUCUUCACUGAUUACUACAUUUCUUCCCCGCCACACCUCCUUCUCUCGCUCCCUCCCACUUUCCCUUCGCCGAACGCAUGCUUGCCUCAACUCCAUCUCCAGCGGUUCCAAAUCCAAUGGCUCUGGUCAAUACAACCAACAAGGGUUCCGCCCAAAUCAGCAGCCUCAGCCACAGCCCAGAACUUUGUACCCGGGUGGGUACAAGAGACCCGAAAUUAAGGUCCCUACUCUGGUUCUUCAAUUGGACCCUGACGAGGUUCUGAACGGUGGAGAUGAUGCAUUAGAUUUGAUCAACAAGGCUGUGUCGAAAUGGGUUGGGAUUGUGGUGCUUACUAGCACUGAAGCAAGUGGUGGCAAGCUUUAUGAAGCUGCUUGCUUGUUGAAGUCCCUCGUUCAGGAUCGCGCUUAUUUGUUGGUUUCAGAGCGUGUUGACAUUGCUGCUGCUGCUGGUGCUAGUGGGGUUUUGCUCUCUGAUCAAGGUCUUCCUACUGUUGUUGCUAGAAAUACAAUGUUGGAUUCUAAAUCUGAAUUGGUGAUUCUUCCCUUGGUAGCUAGGAUUGUCCAGACCGUAGAUGCUGCAGUAAAUGCAUCUAAAUCCGAAGGUGCUGAUUUUCUUAUAUAUGGCGGUGGUGAUUUUAAACGUGUUAGUCAGGAAGUUGAUUCUGUGUGUGAGAACGUGAAGAUACCUGUUUUUGUCUCGUGUACUUUGGGUGGGAAAAAUAUGUCUUAUGCUGAAGCAUCGAGUUUGCUCGAAUCUGGUGCUAGUGGUUUUGUUGCUAGUUUGGGAAAUUUUGGUUUGUUUGAUGAUGAUUUCAUGCGCAAACUGUUUAAAACUGGGUAUGGAAAUGAUAAGGGAAUACUAGAUGAUCGUGGCAGCAAUAUUGGCGAGAAUAAUUUAUUGAACAUGGAUAAUGGUUUUCAGAGUAAAACGGAGGUUGUGGCUGGAUUUAUUAAACUGGAGGAUAGGGAGAAACAGUUAAUAGAAACAGAGAGAUCCAUUUUGAAUGAAGCUAUAGACGUUAUCAAGAAAGCUGCACCACUGAUGGAGGAGGUUUCACUUCUUAAUGAUGCAAUUUCUCAAAUUGAUGAGCCAUUCUUACUGGUUAUAGUGGGGGAAUUCAACUCCGGUAAAUCUACUGUGAUUAAUGCGCUUCUUGGAGAAAGAUAUCUGAAAGAAGGAGUUGUUCCAACUACUAAUGAGAUCACAUUUUUACGGUAUACUGACUUAGAUAUUGAAGAACAACGUUGUGAAAGGCAUCCGGAUGGUCAAUAUAUUUGCUACCUUCCGGCUCCAAUUCUUAAAGAAAUGACCAUUGUUGAUACACCUGGAACUAAUGUGAUUCUUCAGAGACAACAGCGUCUUACAGAGGAAUUUGUACCCCGUGCAGAUUUACUUCUUUUUGUUAUUUCUGCCGAUCGCCCUUUAACUGGAAGUGAGAUUGCUUUUCUUCGUUAUUCUCAGCAGUGGAAGAAAAAAGUGGUCUUUGUUUUGAACAAAGCUGACAUAUAUCAGAAUACUCAUGAGCUUGAGGAAGCAAUGUCUUUCAUUAAGGACAACGUACAGAGAUUGUUGAAUACUGAAGAUGUGAUAUUGUAUCCUGUAUCUGCUCGAUCUGCUCUUGAAGCAAAACUUAUGGCUGCUUCUAAUGUUGGGAAGCUUGAUGAAGAAUUAUCAGUCUCUGGUUCUCAUUAUGGUGCCAGCAGCUUCGAUGUGCUUGAAAAGUUCCUGUAUAGCUUUCUAGAUGGUUCAACAAUCCUGGGAAUGGACAGAAUGAGGCUCAAACUUGAAACACCUAUUGGAAUUGCAGAUAGACUAAUUUCUGCAUGUGAAACUCUUGUGACACAAGACUACCGAUAUGCGAAGCAGGAUUUGUCUGCAGUAAAUGAUGUCGUUAAAAGUGUAAAUGAUUUUGCAUUGAAUAUGGAAACUGAGAGCCUAUCUUGGAGGAGACAAACUGUAUCUUUGAUUGAAACUACAAAGUCACGUGUUGUUGAGCUUGUUGAAGCUACUCUUCAAUUGUCAAAUCUUGAUAUUAUUGCUUCAUAUGUUUUCAAAGGAGAACAAUAUGCUCUUCCCGCUACCUCAAGAAUUCAAAAUGACAUAAUCAGUCCUGCUGUGUCAGCUGCUCAGAAAAUACUUGGAGAAUACGAAGACUGGUUACUUUACAAAAAUACCCAACAAGGGAGACUAUACAAGGAAUCUUUUGAAAAACGAUGGACCUUGAUUCAUGAAAAUAGUCAGAUGAAUUUUGAGACGUAUGAAUUACUAAAGAAAGUGGAUCAAGCUGGCAGUCAGGUGAUUGAAAAUUUCAGCAGCAGUGCAGCUUCAAAGUCACUUGAGCAAGAAGUCCGAGAGAUGUUUGUAGGGACUUUUGGUCAACUAGGUGUGGCUGGUUUAUCUGCUUCACUACUAACAUCUGUACUGCCAACCACAUUGGAAGAUCUUCUUGCUCUUGGUAUUUGUUCGGCUGGCGGGUAUCUAGCAAUAUUAAAUUUCCCAACUCGUAAGCAGAGUGUGAUAGAUAAAGUGAAAAGGCAAGCAGAUACCUUGGCAUAUGAACUCGAAGAGGCCAUGAAGAGGGAUUUCACUGAAGCCAUAGGAAAUUUGGAUACCUUCGUGAAAGUCCUUAGCAAACCUUACCAAGAUCAAGCGCAGAAUAGACUUAACAAGCUAGUAGAGAUUCAAGAAGAAUUAUCAAAUGUUGAGAAAAAACUUAGAACGCUUCAAAUUGAUAUUCAAAAUCUUCACGUGUCAUGACUUUUUUGAACUAUCCUAUUCUGUUAUUGAUACAAAAGAAGUUCAUCCUUUUUAACAGUUGCAAUGUAUUACCGGCAAUGCGAGUGGAAAAUUGUCUUU